GCCGAUUGUGAGCGGUGAUCUUCGAACAUCCGUGGUUGCCCUUUCUACUAUUCCAGCAUCCAACCGCUACCACCACCAUGUCCUUUGCGUGCUGCUGCGCCGGGAAGCUCGAGGCCGACGCUACCUUUGACGACGCGGCCAAGCCGUACGCCCGCGGGCCGUCGCCGCAGGUCACGCGCGGCGUGGCCAUCGUGCCCACGCCGCUCAACGCGCGCUCCAAACCGUCGUUCUUCAAGCCCCGCGCGCGCGAGUGGAAUCUCGACGCUGCGAUUGCGUCGUGCAAGGCCCAAGUCGCGGCCAUCGCCGCCGAGUGCUACGCUGCCAACCGCCACUUCCGCGACGCCGCGUUCGACGUGAGCGGCAGCGAGGACGACUGCCUCAGCUCGCUCGCCGAGGCGUGGGACCGCGUGACGCCGGGCGGCAGCCUUCGCGUCCGCAAUAUCUUUACGUCGCCCGUCUUUUGCGACAAUGGCUACGACGCCAGCGACAUCCAAGACGGCUACGCGUCGUGGUUCUUGGCGGCUGUCGCGUCCGCGUGUGCGAUGCCGGGCCUUCUCGCGCGGGUGUGUGUCGCCCGCGACGAGACGGUGGGUGUCUAUGGCUUUAUCUUCUUCAAGGACGGCGAGUGGGUCCCCGUGCUGAUUGAUGACCAGCUUUUCGUGACCGAGACGGACUUUGACCACGCCUACCUUGGCGGAAUCGCCAUGACCAAGGAGACUUUCAACGCGACGCUUCGGUCCGGCUCGUCGAGUCUCAGCUUUGCCAAAGCAGCGUCGCCCAACGAAACGUGGCUGCCGCUGCUGGAGAAGGCGUAUGCCAAGCUGCAUGGCGACUACAAGUCGAUCGAAGUCGGACUGACGGGCGAAGCGCUCGAAGAUCUCACGGGCGGCAUCACGACGCGCACGUUUUUGAAAGACGUGGCGGACCAUGACGCGCUGUGGCAAUGCGAUCUCGUUGGUCAUCUCCACGUCGACGCGCUCUUUGCCGCGUCAAUCGAGACCAAGCACUCGUACCCCGAGAUGGCCUCGAGCAAUGGCUUGCUGCACUUGCAUCCAUACGCAGUGCUGCGCGCGGUCGAGGUCGGCGGCCACCGACUUGUCCAGCUGCGCAAUCCGCAGAAAGGCCAUGAAUGGACCGGCGACUGGUCCGAUAGCUCGGAGCUCUGGACCACUGAGAUGAUUGACGCGCUGGGCCACAGCGGCGGCGACGACGGCUGCUUCUGGAUGGCGUGGACGGACUUUUUGGACGAGUUUACCCAUCUCGAACGGACGUGGAUCGAUGAUGCGGCCACGUCCCUCGCCGUGCACCCAAGUCCGUGGGUGGUCCUGCGCGCCGGGUGGCCCGCUGCGUGGCAGCCGUCGGUGUUUACCUUUGACGGCCCGGACGUGCUCUCGCGGGUCACGUUGGUGCUCCAGCAAGCCGACACGCGCCGCUGCAUCGGUCUCGAAGGGAGCUAUACGUUUGGCCUGCGCUGCGCCGUGUACCGCAGCCCGGACGCCAAGACCAAAAAGCGAGUUUUGGUCGGCCAGUAUACGCAAAACGCCUUCCAUCGCAGCGCAAGCCUCCAAGUCGUGCUCCGCCCGGGUCUGUACGAGCUCGAUGUGAUGGUUGUCCGCACCGCCUCGGGGCGUGCGUCGAUCGCGGACGUCGUUGCCGAGAUUGGGGCGUCGCGUCCCGAGAAGCUCCGACAGCGCUGUGAAGCUGUCGAUGCGAGCCGCGCCCGCGCCAAGAGCGACGUCAACGUGCUCGCAAUGGCGGCGGCAACGCAGCACACCGCGUACGAGCGUGCGCGCGCGACAGGCAGCACGGACGAUGAUGGCAGCCUCGAAGGGUCCGUCGUUGUCGGCCUCCGCCUCUUGUCCAAAGCCGUUUAAACUAGCAUUCUAGCAUUGUGUAUGGAAAAAGAGAUAUGCUCUUGUUUGAUGUCGAACACGGUUUAACGUUGAGCGACCG